AGUGUCAACUGCUUUAGUGUUUUGUCAAAUCUACAAAACAAAUGUUAUAUCUAGCAAAUACUUUUAUUAGUUUAACUUGUUCGUAGGUACAUUUAUCGUGUUUUAAAAAUGUUUAAUGUACUUAAUAUCGGCUUGUAGUGCAUCUACGCGAAGCGUAGAUUAAUUUCUUUAUGUGAUCAAAGUGUGACUAUAGUCUUAUAUCAAUUAAAGAAUUUAAAAAAAUGCCCCAGCAAUUUAUCAAAGUAAAAGAAAAUCCUGGUACGAUUCAAAAAUCAGAAUUUAAUAAUCCUAUAAAGAGUCAAGAUUGGGAAUCAAAUUCAAAUUUAUCUAAUUCAGUUGGAGAUAUAUGCAGGAUUUGUCACUGCGAGGCAGAUGCAGAUAAUCCUUUGUUGUCUCCCUGCUACUGCUCUGGAAGUUUGAAAUAUGUGCACCAAACUUGUUUGCGGCAAUGGUUAGCUGCUUCCGAUACAAGAUCAUGCGAACUGUGUAAAUUUAAUUUCAUUCUACAUACCAAAAUCAAACCAUUUUCAGAAUGGCGUAUUUUGGAGAUGACAAGUGUUGAAAGAAGAAGACUACUCUGUGCCAUUCUUUUCCAUUUUGUUGCUGCUGUUUGCGUAAUAUGGUCUUUAUUUGUUUUAAUAGAUAGAGCAGCUGAAGAAGUAAGAAAAGGACUGAUAGCAUGGCCUUUUUGGACUAAACUAGUGGUUGUAUCAGUAGGAUCAACGGGAGGUGUUGUAUUUAUGUAUAUACAAUGUAGGCAGUACUUACACUUGUUUUCUAGAUGGAAAGCGCACAAUCGGAUAAUCCUCGUACAAAAUGCUCCUGAGAAGCCAACUGCGCCUCCCCCUUCACCGUACUUUCAAAAAAGUGUUGGCCACCAUGUUCCAACUCAAAUAGUGACUGUUGCUGAAUAUAAUCAACCUUCGUCUAUUACGAAUUCAAAUUUACAAAAUGAAAUGCAAAUGUGUUAUGUUUUCGAGGAUGAAUGUAAGGUGAAAUGUUGCAGAAAAAGUGCUUCUUCGAUUCAAAAAGCUGAUGUCCACGUAGAAGAUUUAUGUGACACAUCACGAAAUGAUACCAGCUUACACAAAUCACCUGAUAUAUCUAGAAAUAAUAUAUUAGCGUUAGAUAUCGAGUGCCCUUCUAGUAGCAAAAAGAAAUAUUCUUUACAAAAUUCUUUAAAGACUGAUAUAGUGAAAAAUAGGAGCUGUGUUUUUAAGUCUUUGCCUAACUUAAGUACGAGUAGUGAAAAUUUACUGUUGUAAAUAAAAUAUAUUUUAAUAUUGUGAAAUUAUAUAAACAAUAAAUUAUUUAUUACU